CCCUUGCUAUUGCAGAUGGCGUAAUACCCCGGAGUUUCCUCUCUCUUUCUACGCCUGAGAGCCCCUGGGUAGAACUUCUCUACAGUCCGGGGACCAACAACAUGCCUGUCUUUAGACAACUUAAUGCAAACGCAAGCACAUUGCUUAUGUUUCAAGCAAUGGGGCCUAAGGCAGUGUCAAACCUAGUAACCUCCUUUGUUUCCCGAGGGCAGAUGUCUCAGACCCUUCGCAGGAUUCGAAGCGAUAAUGCGCAGUCAGCAGAACAGGAAGCGCGUAGUAAGUUCUCUACGCAAUAAUCAAACACAACUAACCUCUGUAGGGUCUCAGCUCAAGCACGCUUACAUGGUUUUUGGGAGAUCGCAAGGCUCUGAGGUAUCUCAGCUCCUCCCUCCGUCUUACAAAGUUUAUUACAACAAGGCAUUCCAAAACCGCAAAAAGGAAUCAACUUUAGAUCUCCCUACCCUUGACCUGCGAUAUGACGUUUCAAGAUUCUGUACCAUCGCCUAUUUUUACGAGAUUGGUGGGUGGGCUUUAGAAGAUAUCUUGUGGCCAUUGAUCGACGCGUCAAUGCCUACCCCCUUUGAAUACUACUACCCUGAUGCAAAACCAGACAAAAAUGGGAGUUGCCCUAGAUGUCAUGAAAAAAUGCCUCGUGUCCCAAUGAAACAGCAUCUUCUUCAAUGCUGUCAAGCAAGCAAGAUUAGCGCAGCCGAGAGUCUUAUCAGAAGCCACUGUAACAACGAAUGGCAGUGCUUUUGGGAUGACUGUUCAUCUGUCUUUAGUGAUUUCAAGCUCUUCACGUUGCACACGAGCAGCCACGUUGAUUCAGGCCCAGAUAGGUGCUUAUGGAAUUCUUGUAGCUAUUACAAGGCAGAUGACAUCCACGCACAUCUACUUGAGCUUCACUCAGUUUACACUGAUCAAACUAGCCCUACAAAUAUUAGGUUUUGUUUCCAGUGUAGCAAGUGGUUGUACUCCAAAUGCGAAUGGAGCCAUCACGUAAAGCUCCACUCUAGGGCAGCCACAACGACAUAUGGCCCUAUCUUUGUAAAUGGGCUGAUGAUUAGUCCAGGGAGGUGUGCUUAUUGCGUUAAGGCAGGAUUAUACGACAAAUUUGACAACAUCGAGGGAUUCAUUAGCCAUGUGAACAGACACAUGAUGGCGGAUGCGUGGACAUCUUAG